AUGGGACGGAGCUGCUCCUUCCUCCUGCUCCUCUUCCUCCUGUCCCCGUGGCCCAGAGCCACCGUGGCACUGCUGCAGUACCGCCACGACUGCGGAGAGCUGGGAAUGCAGCUCCUGGUCUUCCCGUCCCACGGCCGCACCGUCCGCUUCAAGGUUCUGGACGAGUUUGGCUCCCGCUUUGAUGUGGCCAACUGCUCCAUCUGCCUCCACUGGCUGAAUUCCAGGGAGGACGGCUCUGUCAUCUUCUCCUCUGGCUACAAGGGCUGCCACGUCCUGUUCAAGGAGAACCGCUACAUCCUGCGGGUGCAGCUGGAGGAGCUGCUGUCCAGCGGGAUCCCCGUCACCUCCUACGAGGUCAACAUGACCUGCCCCAAGCCAGAUGGCUCUGAGGCGCUCCCAGAUGGAACCCAGGGGAUGAGCCGGGACAGCCCAACGCUGUUCUCCCACACUGGCCUGCACCAGGUCUCGGGCUCCUCCCUCACCCUCACGGGAUCCCACUUCUCAGCCCAAGAUCUCGUGGAGCAGGUUCACGCCGUGGGACACCUGGGAUGGGGGGGAUACAUCAUGGGGGUCAAAAUCAACCAGGGAUUCGCCCCGGGUCUGUAUCCCAAAUUCAUCCUGGGGGUCAAAAUCAACCAGGGAUUCGCCCCGGGUCUGUAUCCCAAAUUCAUCCUGGGGGUCAAAAUCAACCAGGGAUUCGCCCCGGGUCUGUAUCCCAAAUUCAUCCUGGGGGUCAAAAUCAACCAGGGAUUCGCCCAGGGUUUCAUCAGCCCUGGACACCAGGCUGAGCCCCAGCCCGGCCUGGGACUCCCUGGGCUGCGGCCCCAGCCUGGAUUGCUGCAUCCUGGGAUUCACACCCAGCCCAGCCUGCUGCAGCCCACAGCGCUCUUCUACCCCUCGCCAGGGGCUGUGCUUCCCGCAGGAACGCAGCUGACCCGGGAGCAGUGCCAGGUGCCAGUGGGCCGGAUGCCGUGCGUGGCUCCGCAGGGACGGGAUGCGUGCCUGCAGGCGGGAUGCUGCUACGACGACAUGGACCGCACCACACCCUGCUAUUACGGGAAUACCGCCACCGUGCAGUGCCUGCUGGAGGGACACUUUGUGCUGGUGGUGCCGCGGGGAAUGGUGGCCCUGCCGUACAACCUGGACACCGUGCGGGUGGCCGGCGGCCAGGCAGGGUGCGAGCCCCGCCACGUGUCCGAGGCCUUCGUCAUGUUCCGCUUCCCGGUCACCCACUGCGGCACCACCGUCCAGGUGAUCGGGGACACGCUGGUCUAUGAGAACCAGCUGAUCUCCACAAUCGAUGUCCAGGGAUCCCCCCGUGGCUCCGUCACUCGGGACAGUGUCUACAUUCUCCGAGCUCGGUGCAUCUACAACUCCAGUGACCUCCUUCCCUUGGGAGUGGAGGUGGCCGUGCCCCCCACAUCGGCCCCCCUGGCCAUGCUGGGCCCGCUGGGGCUCCAGCUGCGCAUUGCCACCGACGAAUCCUACAGCUCCUACCAUGCUGUGGGUGACUUCCCCCUGGUGAGGGUGCUCCGGGACCCCAUUUACGUGGAAGUCCGGCUGCUCCAGAAGACGGAUCCCAAUUUGGUGCUGGUGCUGCACCACUGCUGGGCCUCCCCUGGCUCCCACGCCACAUCCCAGCCCCAGUGGCCCAUCCUGGUGGAAGGGUGUCCCUUCCAAGGGGACAACUACAGGACACGGCUGAUUCCGAUGGGUCCGGCCUCUUCGGAGCUGCCCUUCCCGAGCCACUACCAGCGCUUUGUCAUCUCCACCUUCGCCUUUGUGGAGCCCCCCAAAAUGGCUGUGCUGGAGGGGGAGGUGUACAUCUCCUGCAGCGCCUCCGUGUGCCACCUGGCCCAGCCGGAGCCCUGCCGGCCCUCCUGCCAGCUGGGAGUGCCCUCACGAGUGCGGAGGUCUCCGGGGGACAGGAGCACAGGUGACAGCAUGGGGACAGUCACAUCCCAGGGAUGCGUUGUGUUUCCUGAGGCUCCCAAGAGAGGGGGAGCUCAGCAGAGAGGCUGA